GGGCAGCACUUCUCAGAUUCAUUUGUUGACAACCACUUUUGAACGCCGAGAAGAAGGAGAAAAAUAACGUCUGUUAGGAUGGAGGAAAAACCUGCCUGAUAAUUUUGGAUAACACAUAUUUAUCAAAAAAAAAAAGAAAAGAAAAAAAAAGGUGCAGUUUUGACGCAAACUCCAAAACGGUGAUUUCAGUGUUAGCCUGCCGUUAGCUGCCGCUCCAGCUCUCACUUUAGCUCUAAUUACAGCGGAUAAUUAAGACAUAACGUCAGGUACAGCUGGAUGGCGCUUUAAUGAAACAGCAGAUUCUGUCUACUCUCCAGCUGCUCCUGGCCACUCCUUUAAAACAUGCUGCUGUGAGCUGAGCUCUGACACCAGACACUAUGUCUGAAUCGGCAUGUGAGCCCAUUCACUCCACAAAUGAAACCAGCAGCCAAAUGACACAAUGGGAAAAUGGCUCGGCCUCUCUUAAUCUAAUAAAGAAAGCGGUGGUGGUCUUGACCAGACUGCCCGAUUAUAAGAUCAGCGCCCUGCAACCGCCGACGCCUCAACAGUUCUACAGCGAAGAAGAAUUCUCCGGCAGCUCCGAUUCUGAUAUGCAGUGGCAACCAGAGGAUGACUCCACUGAUUCCGAUUUUUCGGUUUCGAACAAUAAUCAGAAAUCUGACAAGAACACCAGCGGUGACACAAGGAAACCCUCCAACAGCAGUGAAAUAAACCCCUCUGUUGGGAUAUCACCAACUUCUGCCCACUGCUCUCAUGAAACUACGAACAUCCAUCCUAACUUACCGCAGGAUGAAGUGAAAGUGGACAUGAUGGUCUUGGCCAGGAAGAAACGCAUGAAGUGGCAGCGUGGGAAAAUAGUGGAGACAAUUACAAAGGAAGAUGGACGGUUAAAGUACAAAGUUAGCUUUGAAGAAAAGGGGAAGAUUCUAGUAUCCGGUCACCACAUUGCCUUUGACACCCCACCAAAGGUAGAGCAUCUUUUUGUCGGCACUCGGGUUGUUGUUCAGUGCCAGGAUAACAAGUUCCGGUUCCGGCCUGGUGUUUUAGCCGAGCUCCCCAGCAGAAAGAACCACUUCAGGUUCUUGGUCUUUAUGGAUGAUCACACGCCGGUCUAUGUCGGCUUACCUUUUUUUCACCUGGUUUGCAGACCGUUGGAAAACAUGUUUGACGACAUUCCCGAUGGCCUUCAUAAGCAUUUUAUGAAACAGUACAUGAAGGACUGGCCGUACCCUCAUUUGACCGUAUACAGGGUUGGACAGAGCCUCAAUGCAGAAUACUUAGGAGAGCAGCAGAGGUGUGAGGUGCAGGCGAUCGACUGCAGCUUGAUACAGGUUGUUUUUCAGGCUGACCAUCACAGAGAGUGGAUCUACAGAGGCUCCAUACGCCUGGAACAUGCACAGGCUAGGUUUUUGGAACUGAGCGCGAGGAGAGAGGCCAUGAAUGAGUCUGACUAAAUAUCCACAGAGAGUGGAUGCUGUGAAAAUACUGUGAAUAGCAUUCACAACCCCCAGGAAUGUGCCAUUGCAUCUCUUUGGAAGAAGACUGGCUUGUGAGCGUGCAAAUAAAUGACUCAAGGAUAUAAGGAGGAGAUUUAACCUGUUUGGUGCUAAUUUGUAAUCUUUAAUCUGCUGCACAGUUGUGCAAAGUGACUGAGUGGACCAUCGCAUUGCCAAAUGAAACAAGACAUAAUUUUUCCUAGAAAACAUGCGAACGGUGAUUUUCUUUUUCAAUUUCUAAAGAAAUGGCACUUUAUCUUUGCACAACUUUUAACAGCAAGGUUAAGCAGCUGUAUUUUUUCAACUUUUUUUUUUUUUUUGAACAGUUAUAUGUGAAAUUCAUACCCUCAUUUAUUAACUUGGCCAUGAAUAGAAAUUUGUCUGAUGUGUGUUCAUUCACUUUUUUCAGUGUUGUUUUUUAUGAAUUGGGAACAAUUCAUAUAAACCUUUUUUCAUAUUUACAGAUUGAUAUGACAGUUAUGUCUCUGAUUUAUUUUGCCUUUGGUGUUUGUUAUGUUGCAUCCUUUGUCGUUCAACAAUAAAAAAAAGUUGCCUUGUA